AUGGCGGUGGUGUCCAGCCUCGCCCGCCGGAUCGUCCGGUCAGGUGUGCUCCCCCUCUGCUGCCAGCCACUGGCAUGGGGCAGAGCAGCCCACCAGUCCCUCCGACCUCUGCAGCCCCCCGGCCUCCAAGUCGCCCCGUGUCGUGCCUUCAGCAACAACAGGAUACUGGUGGAGAUGGAUGAGAGCUCAGGCAUUGCCAUGAUGAAGUUCAAGAGCCCUCCAGUCAACAGCCUCAGCCUGGACUUCCUCACUGAGUUUUGCAUAAGUCUGGAGAAGCUGGAGAAUGACCGGGCCUGCCGAGGCGUGAUCUUCACAUCUAACGUUCCCAAAAUCUUCUCAUCUGGCCUGGACAUCACCGAGAUGUGCGGGAAGAGCACGGAGCACUACGCUGAGUUCUGGAGAGCUGUGCAGGAGAUGUGGCUCCGAGUGUACGGCUCCAGCAUGGUGACAGUCGCUGCAGUCAAUGGCUCCAGCCCAGCAGGAGGCUGCCUUGUUGCCUUGUCAUGUGACUACAGGAUCAUGGUGGAGAACCCCAAAUACAGCAUUGGCCUGAACGAAGCCCAGCUGGGCAUUGUGGCUCCCUUCUGGUUUAAGGACACAUUUGUGAAUGUUGUGGGACACCGAGUUGCUGAACGCUCCCUCCAGCUGGGCUCCCUUCACCCCGCAGCUGAGGCCCACAAGAUUGGCCUUGUGGAUGAGCUGGUGCCAGAGGAGAAGCUCCAGGAGAGGGCUGUAGCUGUCAUGGCACAGUGGCUGGCCCUUCCUGACCAUGCCCGUCAGCUCACCAAGUCCAUGAUGAGGAAGGCAGUGCUGGACCGCCUGGUAGCUCACCGAGAGGAAGACAUUCAGAACUUUAUCAGCUUCAUUUCAAAAGAGUCCAUCCAGAAAUCACUUCGCAUGUACAUGGAGAUGCUGAAGAAGAAGAAGAGUUAAGGAGCCAACAGCCUGGGGCCUGGUCCCGGGGACUCCAGUGACCCUCCAAAACGCUGCAGUAGCUGUAGACUUUACACUGAAGCCAUCUGCAGUGUCAGCAUUGGGUGAUGUAAUGCCUGCUCCCAUGGCUGCCCCAAAUGUCUCUUCCCCUUAGUCCCUGUAGAGUGCCUGUCACCACUGCUGCCUUUCCUGAGAUCAGGGAGAGCUGCCUGCUCAGCUCCUCCAAGGAACACACAGGGAGAGGGUCUUCACACCACUAUGGCCCAAGCCUGCUGGUCCUUGGAUCUCAUCCCUCCUGUCCAACACUUAAUUGUGAAAUGAGAUUUGUCAAUAAAGUCUUUGAUG